AUGUCCACCAAGGUGCCCAUCUACCUGAAGCGCAGCAGCCGCAAGGGCAAGAAGGAGAAGCUGAGGGACCUACUGUCCUCAGAUAUGAUCAGCCCACCACUGGGGGACUUCCGCCACACCAUCCACAUCGGCAGUGGUGGUGGAGGAGACAUGUUCGGAGACAUCUCCUUCCUUCAGGGCAAGUUCCAUCUCCUUCCCGGGACAGCGGGUGAAGGGCCGGAGGAAGAAGACAGCACCAUGGACCUUCCCUUCCAGUUCACGCGCACUGCCACGGUAUCUGGGCGGGAGCUCCCUGAUGGGCUGUCCCCGCUGCUCAAGAAUGCUAUAUCCCUCCCGGUCAUUGCUGGGCCCCAGGCACUCACCCUGCCCCUCGCCCAGGCCCCUCCCAAGCCCCCGCGGCUGCACCUGGAGACCCCACAGCCCUCCCCGAAGUCCUCCCCACAGCCCUCCCCACAGGAGGCAAGGGGCAUGGAUGUUUGGAGAACUCCAGAGGCUGGACCUACCCACAAUGGGCUGACCCCCGAAUCGGAAGCUGAGGACCCCUUCCUGUCCCACGCCAGCUCUCUGCUCUCCCUGCACGUGGACCUGGGCCCCUCCAUCCUGGACGAUGUGCUCCAGAUUAUGGAGCAGGACCUGAACCACAUGCAGAUCCCCACGUAA